AUGGCUAAUCAAUCUGCUCCAUUCAACUUUGUGCUAGUUGGAUUUCCAGGACUACCUCAGAAUCACCACACUUUGGUUUCUUCAGCCAUGUUCGUUGUUUUCAUAGUGUCCCUAUUUUCAAAUAGUGCUGUGGUUAUAUUAAUAGUGUGGAAGAAACAUCUCCACGAGCCAAUGUACGUGAUUAUAGCAAACCUAUCCCUUUCUGACCUACUGUUUGAUAUAAUAACUUUACCUAAAAUCAUUGCCAGGUAUUGGUUUGGUGCAAUAUAUAUGUCCUUUUUUGACUGUAUGUUCCAACUUUUUUGGGUCCAUUACUUAGGAACCGUUGAUUCCUUCAUAAUAAUGAUGAUGGCGAUUGAUCGCUAUGCUGCUAUCUGCAUGCCGCUGAGAUAUCCUGCCCUCAUCACUAACAAACGUGCUGCAUUUAUUUGCGGAUUUUUUUGGAUUCUGGCAUCUAUAUUUCCUGCCGUCAACUCUAUCUGGCAUGCUCAAUUUCCUUAUUGUGAUUCUAGAAAGAUAAGCAAUUGCUUCUGCGUUAGCUUUGCAGUAACGUCACUGGCCUGUGGCAACACCAACUUUGUAAGCAAAAUGGCUUUUUGGUUUGCAAUGGCUAUACUUCUUCUGCCAUUAUCUUUAAUUAUAUCUUCAUACAUUGUCAUCAUUAACACAGUCUUUAAUUCAGUUAAACUUGGAGGCCGUCAGAAAGCUAUUUAUACGUGUACUACACACUUGAUUGUUAUUGGAAUGUACUAUGGUCCUCGUGUAUUUGUUUAUGUGGCAUACCAGCUGAAAUUAGUUCCUAGCCUCGAUAUAAACGUUUUGCUUUUAUUUCUAUACACAUUUAUUCCACACAUGGCAAAUCCUAUUAUAUAUUGUCUUAGAGCCAGAGAGAUAAAACAGACUAUUGGAAAGCUAUUUAAGCUGAAAUUAACUUUUAAAAUUGAAGGUAAUUUUUCACGGUCAAACAACCUCGGUAUAUUGAGUAAUGCAUGA